CAUAUUUAACAUGGCACAAAAUGCAAUUAUUUUUAUUCUUAGCAUUUGUUAUGAAACAGCAGUGAACCAGUUUCUCUUUCACUACCUGCUGUUUGCUGGUGCUGCCCUCUGCCCACCUUCCAAACAAACCAGGAAGCAGCUCUUCUCUAUCUCUCUCGAGGACGAAACUGCAACACUUUCUCGUCGCAGAGGUCUUCAACGGAUUCUGGUUUGUGCAACUCAAAAUGUUGAAAUGAAGGUUGAUGAAAAAGCUUUGGGUUAUUUCCAGUCUUGCGACUCGCCAGUGGACAAGGAAGGGUAUCUUUACAAAAAGGGGGAGAUAAAAACUUCCUAUCAGAAGCGCUGGUUUGUGCUGAAGGGAAACCUCCUCUUCUACAAGGAGAGGUCUGCAGACCGAGACGUGUCCGGAGUGAUUGUUCUGGAGGGCUGCACCGUCCAGCUGUGCGAGUCGGAGGAGCAGUUCGCCUUCUCUCUGGUGUGGAGCGAGCCGGGACUCCGGACCUACAAGUUUGCCGCCGAGGAUCAGGAGAGUCAGGAGAGCUGGAUCAAAGCACUGCUGUCGGCCAACCACAGCUACCUGGCCCUGUUGGUGCAGGACAUGGAGAAUAAAUACAAAGAUGCCUUAGCUGAGCUUUCCGGCAAACCAAAUCAACCAUCCACAACCCCAAACCUUCGAGCAGAUGCGCAGUAUUCUGCAGCCGUCCUGAGCACUCGCUCUUCCACCCUCUCUAUGUUUCCAGCACAAGCUGCAGGAGCGGGACUCGGUCCGCUGGUUCCACCCUCAGCCACUUUACCAUCAGCAAGUAAGAGAUCGCCCAAACUCUGGCCCAAGAGAAGCGCAAACCUGGUGUCCCACAGCACCCCUGCCAUGCCCACGACUGACUGGGUGGAGUACAGCUCGGGCCCCGUGGAGGAUUUCAGAACACUGCAUGAAGAUUUUGGGAAAGAAGUGAAGAAACUGAUCACCGAAUGGGCAAGGAGAAAAGGUUUAAAUAUACACGUCAAUGAAGAUCUUAUCAAUUUUGGAUAAAAAGCAUAAAAGUUGCAACUUUAACCAAGAAUUGUAAGAGCUAGGAUAGCAAUAUUGCGAAACUGUGAGGUGUAUUUAUACGAAAAUAUUUUUUAAAAUAAAUGUUCUUUAUUUGUUUUUCAACAACA